AUGAAUCGGCGUCUCCUGGUACGUUCUAUAUCUUGUUUCCAACCUUUGUCGAGAAUAACUUUUGGAAGACCAAACACGCCAUUUCUUAGAAAGUAUGCUGACACAUCCACUGCUGCAAACACCAACAGCACCAUAUUGCGGAAACAGUUACUAUCGUUGAAGCCCAUUUCUGCCUCUGAUUCACUGUUCAUUUCGUGUACGGUAUUCAAUUCUAAGGGAAAUAUUAUCUCAAUGUCCGAGAAGUUUCCUAAAUGGUCCUUUUUAACUGAACAUUCCCUUUUCCCCAGAGACCUGAGGAAAAUAGAUAACUCCUCUAUUGAUAUUAUUCCAACCAUCAUGUGUAAGCCAAACUGUAUUGUCAUCAACUUAUUGCAUAUCAAAGCUCUUAUCGAACGAGAUAAGGUCUACGUCUUCGAUACAACAAACCCUUCCGCCGCUGCCAAACUGAGUGUACUUAUGUAUGACUUGGAGUCUAAGUUGUCCUCCACCAAGAAUAACUCUCAAUUUUACGAGCAUAGAGCCCUCGAGAGUAUUUUCAUCAACGUAAUGAGCGCACUGGAAACAGAUUUCAAGCUUCACUCACAAAUCUGUAUUCAAAUCUUAAAUGAUCUGGAAAACGAGGUCAAUAGACUUAAACUGCGGCAUCUUUUAAUUAAGUCCAAAGAUCUUACGCUUUUUUACCAAAAAACUUUAUUGAUUAGAGAUCUAUUAGAUGAACUAUUAGAAAACGACGAUGAUUUAGCAAACAUGUACUUGACAGUUAAGAAGUCUCCUAAGGACAAUUUUUCGGACUUGGAAAUGCUUAUAGAGACGUACUACACCCAAUGUGAUGAAUACGUUCAGCAAUCAGAAUCUUUGAUUCAGGAUAUCAAAUCUACUGAAGAAAUUGUCAACAUCAUAUUGGACGCAAAUAGAAAUUCCUUAAUGUUGUUGGAGUUGAAAGUUACCAUCUACACGUUGGGAUUCACAGUAGCAUCUGUUCUGCCGGCAUUCUAUGGUAUGAAUUUAAAGAAUUUCAUCGAGGAGAGUGAAUGGGGGUUUACUUCAGUGGCGGUAUUUUCUAUUGUUUCUGCCCUUUAUAUCACCAAGAAAAAUUUUAAUUCUUUAAGAUCCGUGACAAAGAUGACCAUGUAUCCAAACUCACCCGCAAACUCCAGUGUGUAUCCUAAAACAUCAGCGUCUAUUGCCCUGACAAAUAAACUAAAGCGAAGGCGGAAGUGGUGGAAAUCAACCAAGCAGCGGUUGGGAGUGCUACUUUAUGGCAGCAGCUACACUAAUAAGGCUAACCUGUCGAAUAAUAAGAUUAAUAAAGGUUUUUCAAAGGUGAAGAAAUUUAACAUGGAGAAUGAUAUUAAGAACAAGCAGAACAGAGAUAUGAUUUGGAAAUGGUUGAUAGAAGACAAGAAAAAUUGA